AAUCUAGUCCAGCAAUAUGUCUUGCUGAGUCUAUGGAGGAAGAUGCACAAGAAUUAUUAGUAAGAAAUCACAACGUCUUUGCAACAGAUAUAUCAGAAAGUGGUCAAACAAUGGGUUUAGAUGCUGAACCAAUAAAGCAAAAACCAUAUUGUAUUCCAUCAGAUGAACAAGAAUUUCUACAAGUAAUCAGAAAAAUGGAGAAGUUAGGAGUCAUUCGUUCA